UAUAAAAACCCCUUACUGUGAAAGCUUCGUCAGACAGUCCUAAAUCGUGUGUUAGAAAUUGUGUUAACAAAAUGUUGAAGAAAUUUGUUUGCUUCUUUGUGCUGAUUAGUGUAAUCGAACUCAUCAGCGAAUGGCCAAGCGCCCAUGGAAAUGCUGUAUAUUCAAUAGGGUCUCCUGAAUAUUUCUCAGGAAAUUCGUUCGACUCUGAUAAAGAUUCAUUAAAAGCUGUUGGAGAUUCAAUAAAUUCUACUACAGAUCCAUUAGACUCUGCUAAAGAUUCAUUAAACGCUGCUGGAGAUUCAAUAAAUUCUACUACAGAUCCAUUAGACUCUGCUAAAGAUUCAUUAAACGCUGCUGGAGAUUCAAUAAAUUCUACUACAGAUCCAUUAGACUCUGCUAAAGAUUCAUUAGACGCUGCUGGAAAUUCAUUAAAAUCUGGUGAAGAUUCAUUAGACGCAGCUGGAGAUUCAUUACGCCCUGCUGGAGAUUCAUUAGACUCUGCUAAAAAUGCAAUAGGUUCUGCUGGAGACCCAUUAGAUGCUGCCGGAGGUUCAUCAGAUUCUCUUGCAGGAUCAUUAAAUUUUGAUGGAAAUCCAUUAGACUCUGCUAAAGAUUCAUUAGACGCAGCUGGAGAUUCAUUAAGCCGUGCUGGAGAUUCAAUAAAUUCUACUACAGAUCCAAUAGACUCUGCUAAAGAUUCAUUAAACGCUGCUGGAAAUUCAUUAAAAUCUGGUGAAGAUUCCUUGGACGCAGCUGGAGAUUCAUUAGACCAUGUUGGGGAUUCAAUAAAUUCUACUGUAGAUUCACUGGACGCUGCUGGAAUUUCUUUAGACGCUGCUGGAAAUUCAUUAAAUUCUGCUGGAGAUUCAUUAAAUUCUGCUAAAGAUACAGUAGAUGCUUCUGGAAAUUCAUUAAAUUCUACUGAGGAUUCAUUGGACUCUGCUGGAAAUUUAUUAGACUCUGCUGAAGAUGCAUUAGGCUUUGCUGGAGAUCCAUUAAAGUCUAAUGGAGGUUCACUAGGCUCUGCUAAAGAUUCAGUAGAAGCUGUUGGAGAUCCAUUAUGCUCUGCUGGAGAUUCAUUAGACCUUACUGAAGAUGCAUUAGGCUCUGCUGGAGAUUCAUUAGGCCCAGCUGGAGAUUCCUUAAAUUCUGGUGAAGAUUCAUUAGACGCAGCUGGAGAUUCAUUAAACGCUGCCGGAGAUCCACUAAACCCUGCUGGAGAUUCCUUAGACGCUGCUGGAAAUUCAUUAGACUCUGCUGGAGAUCCAUUGAAUACUAAUGGAGGUUCAUUAGGCUCUGCUAAAGAUUCAGUAGAAGCUGCUGGAGAUUCCUUAGAUGCUGCUGGAGAUCCAAUGGGCUCUGCUGGAGAAUCAUUAGACCCUACUGAAGAUGCAUUAGGCUCUGCUGGAGAUUCAUUAGGCCCAGCUGGAGAUUCAUUAGACUCUGCAGAAGAUUCAUUGGACGCUGCUGGAGAUUCAGUAGACGCUGCUGGAGAUUCCUUAAAUUCUGCUGAAGAUUCAUUAGAUGUAGCUGGAGAUUCAUUAGACCCGGCUAGAAAUUCAUUAGACUCUCCCGGAGAUUCAUUAGACGAUGCUGGAGAUCCACCAAAUCCUGCUGGAGAUUCAUUAAAUUCUGCUAAAAAUUCAGUAGAUGCUUCUGGAAAUUCAUUAAAUUCUACUGAAGAUUCAUUGGACGCUGCUGGAAAUUCAUUAGACUCUGCUGAAGAUGCAUUAGGCUCUGCUGGAGAUCCAUUAAAUUCUAAUGGAGGUUCAUUAGGCUCUGCUAAAGAUUCAGUAGAAGCUGCUGGAGAUUCCUUAGAUGCUGCUGAAGAUUCAUUAGAUGCAGCUGGAGAUUCAUUACACCCGGCUAGAAAUUCAUUAGACUCUCCCGGAGAUUCAUUAGACGAUGCUGAAGAUCCACCAAAUCCUGCUGGAGAUUCAUUAAAUUCUGCUCAAAAUUCAGUAGAUGCUUCUGGAAAUUCAUUAAAUUCUACUGAAGAUCCAUUGGGCUCUGCUGGAGAUUCAUUAGACCCUACUGAAGAUGCAUUAGGCGCUGCUGGAGAUCCACUAAACCCUGCUGAAGAUGCAUUAGACUCUGCCAAAGAUUCAUUAGACUCUGCCGAAGCUACAUUAAACUAUACUGGAAAUCCAUCAGACUCUAUUAGAGGUUCAUUAUACUCUGCUGUAGGCGCAUUACACUCUGCUGAAUAUUCAUUAGACGCUGCUAAAAAUUCAUUAAACUUUGCUAGAUAUUCAUUAAACUCUUACUUAGAUACGUUAGACUCUUAUUCAGAUUCAUUCGGCUCUUAUUCAGAUUCGUUAGACUUUUAUUCAGAUUCGUUAGACUCUAAUUCAUAUUCAUUAGACUCGGCAGGAUAUUCAUUAAACUUUGGUAGAGAUUCAUUAGACCCCUAUUCAGAUUUGUUAGACUCUUAUUCAGCUUCAUUAGAAUCUAAUUCAGAUUCAUUAUACUUUGGCAGAAAUUCAUUAAACUUUGCUAGAGAUUCAUUGGACUCUUAUUCAGAUUCAUUUGGCUCUGAUUCAUAUUCAUUAGGCUCUGUUAGAGAUUCAUUAAACUCUGCUAGAAAUUCAUUACGCCCUGUUAGAAAUUCAUUGAACUUUGGUAGAGAUUCAUUAGACCCCUAUUCAGAUUUGUUAGACUCUUAUUCAGCUUCAUUAGAAUCUAAUUCAGAUUCAUUAUACUCUGGCAGAAAUUCAUUAAACUUUGCUAGAGAUUCAUUGGACUCUUAUUCAGAUUCAUUUGGCUCUGAUUCAUAUUCAUUAGGCUCUGCUAGAGAUUCAUUAAACCCUGCUAGAAAUUCAUUACGCCCUGUUAGAAAUUCAUUAAACUUUGGUAGAGAUUCAUUAGACCCCUAUUCAGAUUCGUUAGACUCUUAUUCAGACUCAUUAGAAUCUAAUUCAGAUUCAUUAUACUCUGGCAGAAAUUCAUUAAACUUUGCUAGAGAUUCAUUGGACUCUUAUUCAGAUUCAUUUGGCUCUGAUUCAUAUUCAUUAGACUCUGCUAGAGAUUCAUUAAACUCUGCUAGAAAUUCAUUACGCCCUGUUAGAAAUUCAUUAAACUUUGGUAGAGAUUCAUUAGACCCCUAUUCAGAUUUGUUAGACUCUUAUUCAGAUUCAUUGGACUCUUAUUCAGAUUCAUUUGGCUCUGAUUCAUAUUCAUUAGACUCUGCUAGAGAUUCAUUAAAUUCUGCUAGAAAUUCAUUACACCCUGUUAGAAAUUCAUUAAACUUUGCUAGAGAUUCAUUAGACUCUUAUUCAGAUUCGUUAGACUCUUAUUCAGAUUCAUUAAGCUCUGAUUCAGGUUCAUUUGGCUCUGAUUCAGGUUCAUUAUACUCUGCCCGAAAUUCAUUAAACUUUGCCAGAGAUUCAUUAGACCCUUAUUCAGAUGCACACUAUGGCAGAUAUGAAAUGAAUUAAAACUUAGAGAAGACCAUUGUAAAUCAAAAUGUUGGCUUUGAAUAUAAAUAUAAUAUUCUUACCAGCGUACUUCUAUUUCUAUUUGUUAUUCGCGUACAUCGAGUAACGAAUUUAGUAACUACCACAAUUGGAAACUGUUUCGGUUAAAAAGAAAUAAAAUUUGCUGAAAAUAUUUUUGAACUGAAAUAA